AUAAAAGACCCAAUAAAGCCACAGUCAAGAGGUAUGCACUUGAAACCCUUUAAAUGAUAACAUCAGCAAUGAUUUCACCACAAAUGAUUCAGCCUUUCAGCUCGUACGUAGCACGUAGGUCUAUUUAUUUGUAACAUUUUCAGCAUUCAAAUGCCAUCACCGAAACUUCCUCUAAAUACGGGAUUGAUUCAUGCAGAUGACGUACCAGUGUGACCACUGAUAACAUCCGCUUGAGGCUGCUGGACUUUGGAACCCGAUGGUGUGCCUCAGAAGAGGAGGUUAUGCCGGUGGAAUGGAUUCAUCUGCGUCUAGUAGUAGUGUGGUUAACAGUGGAAACCGAAAACAAAGCAUCAUCAACGUCCCCAAUCGGACCGGGUCGGAGUCUUGCUACGAUCGGAAAGUGGACAAGACUGGGUACGGUUCGCAUGGCAACAUGACUGUCCCAUCCCUAAAAUCACGCCUGGCCCCCACUAUUCAAAAUGCCAUGUCUGCCGCAGUGGACACUGUUCUUGGCGAGGUGGUCCUCGUUUUAAACGAGACACAACAAGAGUUGUACAACAAGGAGCAGGAAAACGAGAGACUAAAGGUUCGCCUGGAAGUGUCCGAGCGAGAACUGAAGACACUGCAGGAAUGUUUGUGCAGUGCUCAGAAACUGAUUGAUCAACUUCAGAUAUCUUACCCGGGCUCUCAAACUCAGUCUGUUUUCGCACCGUCGCUGUCUUCCUUGACGUCUAUGAAUACGGGAAUGGACCGAGAUCACCAGAACUCUCGGAACGUGAACGGUUCCGGCGUGGACUUGGGUCUAGGUGGCUCCGUGGACGACUCACUCCACGGUUUCGAACCACGAGAUGACUAUAAGAUGUGCCAGCUGUCAAUCCAACCCGAUGGAUCUGUGACAAACCACUCACUGGACGCCUACACCAACACGGCCCACAUGAUCAACGAUUCAAAUAGACAAGAUGAACGGCAGUCCCAGCGAGGCAGCGGUUCCGGGUUUGAGAUCAAAGAGGAGCAAGGUUUGACCCCAGGCAACGGCCAGUCUUCCAGGAAGGACCAGGGGUUGACCGGGGACGACGGAGAGGCAUCUGGCCACAACGUUGGUGACCUUGGCUAUGGCCAGGGAGAGGACGGGGGCUCCCAGCGGUCCUUCACCUACCCUCUUCGUCACCCGCGGCCUGUGAGACCCCGCACGGUCCCCCAGAAUCAGGGCGCGCUGGACGUACAGAAGGCCGCCGUAAGGACUGUCCCCGGCAGGGUGGACGGUCUGUCCCCGGCCCGGGCGGAUGACAACGCCGGCCCCUCUGCGCCUGACCUGACGGUGGAGGUCUCUGCCGACCGCCCCCACCACUGCCUGGAGUGCGGCAAGACGUUCCGCCUGAUCUCCAGCCUGAAGAAGCACAUCCGCAUCCACACGGGCGAGAAGCCGUACCCGUGCGGCGUGUGCGGCCGGCGCUUCCGCGAGUCGGGCGCGCUCAAGACCCACCUGCGCAUCCACACGGGCGAAAAGCCCUACUCGUGCUCUGAGUGCGGCAACAGCUUCCGCCACCUGGACGGCCUGCGCAAGCACCGGCGCACGCACACGGGCGAGAAGCCGUACGUGUGCGCCAUCUGUGGCAAGCGCCUGAGCCGCCUGCAGCACCUGAAGCACCACCAGCUGAUCCACACCGGCGAGCGGCCGUGCUGCUGCCCCUUCUGCAACCGCACCUUCAAGGAGCCGGCCGCGCUGCGCAAGCACGUGCGCACCCACCGCGAGGAGGCGGGGCACCUGGCCAUGGGCCCCGCCGAGGAGGUGGACCCCGACGCAAUGGACGACAUCAACAGCCUGCACCCCGCCGCCCCCUCCCCCCAGAUGAGGUUUGGCGAGUGGGGCGGGGAGGAGGACGAGACCUCAGUGGUGGACUGUGUUUAGAGCCACGCUCCACCCCCCCCCCACCCCCUCCGAAGCUACAAAAAAAAACGUAUGCUCCAUCUGGUGACAAAACUAAAAUACUGUUCAAAUUGUCUUCCUAUUGUUUUUACAAACCUGGCCAUCAUGGAAGAGUUUUGAUUCUCUCGAGUCACACAUUCUGGCUCAUCUAACCCCAGCUUUGGAGUGUUCUUUUAUCAGGGUAGUCCAUUUGCGUUUGCCUUUUUCAUUUUGUAUUGUAGAUGUGAACGUAGUUCUGAAUAUGCGCUUUGUGUUUUGUUCGAGAGCCAACAGUUUGAAGUAGCUGUUCUCAUGGCCACGUCGUGUGUUUGUGUGUGUGUGUGUGGGAGCAUCGAGAGCAGCUGCUGUUGGGUCAAUGUUUUAGUGGCAGAGCAGAGAUAUGCCAUCCAUGGUAGUAGCAGGUGCAUAGACAUGACCCUCAGCCAGUGAGGGGAGCCUCUCUGGUUGGAUGUCUCUCCCUGGUUGGCCUGGGAGCCAAGGUGUGAUGGGGAGGUUUGACACACAGGAUGGAUGGAUUGACGGAUGUAAUAUGACUUUAUCAACUUUUAAGUUUCCACAAGCCUUUAUCAAGGUGUGGCCCGAGUAUAGCCUGUUGGCGUGUUUGCGGGAAGCACAGCCUUUCUUCAGUGUCGAUGCAUCGUGCCCUCAUCUGUUAGCCUCAUCCUUUAUAUUUUAAAGAUCUGCGCAUUCAAAGGCUUCUGCUACAGAAUGUGAUGGGGACUGUUCAUUGGUGUGGAUAAGGGCAAAUGUAUUAUUACUUCUAUCUAUCUUGUAAAAAAAAUCUUGGCAUUUAGACUGUGGGAAGAAAAGGAAGAAUUUCAUUGUACAACUGAGAACAUCUCUUUUGUGCAUAUGACAAACACUUUGAAAUUGAAUUGAAUAAGAUGUGUGGCAUCAACAUGCCGCAUUCAGAGAAAUGAAAAACGACUUGAUGCCAUCUAUUGACACUAGUUCAUUUGACUGAUGGACGGUGGUCCUUGAUGCCAUCUAUUGACACUAGUUCAUUUGACUGAUGGACGGUGGUCCUUGAUGCCAUCUAUUGACACUAGUUCAUUUGACUGAUGGACGGUGGUCCUUGAUGCCAUCUAUUGACACUAGUUCAUUUGACUGAUGGACGGUGGUCCUUUUUGGUCGGCUCGGUGUUGAGAUGGACCUUGUGAAAUGACGCUGAAUUCACUGCCCCUGCUCGACUAGCAGCUUCAUUCUGUCUGCCUCAAAAUGUCAAUCUGUCAAAGUGUCUGACACAACUGGUCUUAAAUUCCAUCUGUCAAAGGUGUUGACGGAUGGAAAGGAUUGUCGGUUAUGUUGAGUCAAAAUGACCGACCACCCUAGAAAUUAUUUGUGAAACUUUAGGUUGUGCCACAAGUUUGUAAUCUGCCGCACUGUGGUGAGGGGACAAGUCCAUUUUUCAUCACAGGCUAACGCUACAAAACUCUUUUACCAUUUUUCUGUAUUUAAUAACCAUGUAUUAACAAAUGGCAUUCCUUUCUUUUUUUUUUUACAACCAGUGUUUCAUAUUCAAGACAUUGAAUGGCUCAAUGUUUCUAAGAUUUUAACCCUCCAAAGUUGCGGCCAUUAGCCGAGCCGCAUUGGCGCAUGCAUGUCUAAUCAUUCCCAUGGCACCAACUCUAGGUGAGCUGACUCUGUACAUAAGAAUGUGACUUACAACACCCUGUCCCCCUUAGCCCAAGUAUUGCCCAUUGGUCUACGACUGUACUGUAAAUAUGUAAUCUCCUGUAUCUUCUUUCCAAUGGCAAAGCUUUUGGGCAUCAGAACAAGCAGAAAAGGAACAUUUCUCUCUGCCUCUCUGAGAUAUAGAUCUACCAUUAUACACGCUACUUUAAUGAGCUUAAUGUAAUUGUUUAAAUGAGAACAAUAUGUACAUACAUUUACUAGUGUGUGCCCUUUUUUUAUAUGGGUUCAACUAUGAAACAUGUGUCUAUACUAGGAACUUUGCCACGGUUGUCCUUACCCCCUCUUAACUAACUUAACUUCUUUUUGGUUCAAGCACAUUCUGGGGAGCUUUGCAUGAAUUUACUUUAAAGUGAUCUAUUUCAGUCCUGAAUCUGGUGUUUACUGAAUAAAUUUUUCAUGCCUCUGUGCUCCAAAUAUUUUCCCAUAUAAGUCAACCCUUUUGCCUAAAUGUUGUAUAUUAAAGGGCAUUUGUUUAUA